AUGUCGCCUGCAGCUGAUAUGGAUUUGUUCGCUCCCUUCGAGAAGGACACCAUUUUGGAGAUCCGAACUAGUAAAAUGAAGACUAUGCCUGGCCUCACAAUCCAAAGUGGAAUUGAUAAGGAAUUACGGUCGGGGAAGAUUCAUGUCACCUACCUUGGACUCGUCGAUGACGAGCAUGAUCCUACAUUUCAUGGCGGCAAAGAUAAAGCCAUCCACGGAUAUUGCUCGUCACAUUAUACACAGUGGAAGCAGGAAUUCCCCGAUGCCGAGGCACGGUUCAAACCAGGUGGUUUUGGAGAAAAUUUCGUGACUGAGUUCAUGAAUGAGCGCAACAUCUGCAUAGGGGAUGUUUUCUCAGUCGGAAAUGACGGGGUACUCUUGCAGAUUAGUUUACCGCGACAGCCAUGCUUCAAGCUCAAUCAUCGAUUCAAGCUGAAGAAUUUUGCGCCGAACACAUAUAAGAAAAGCCGCACGGGUUGGUAUUAUCGAGUACUUCGCGAGGGUACAGUACAAGCUGGAGACGAAAUUCGACUUGUCGAAAGAAAAUGGCCAAUGUGGACUGUUGAACGUGUCCAGGAAUACUUGCAUCGCACGACCGACAACACUGAGAUGAACGAAGAGCUCUCCGAAAUUCCUGACAUGGGCGACGAAUGCAGAAAGGCGUUCCUAAAGCGCGUAGCGAAAUUCAAGGCCCAGCAGAAACGUGCGGCAAACCAAGAUGAUAAAGCAGAAAAGUGGCGCGAUUAUAAAGUCGUUGAGAAGAAGGCGCAGACCUCCAGGAUAACAUCCUUCAUGCUUGAAGCUGUAACACCUGAUCCUGAUAUCAAAGACAGUGACGUCAAGCUUGGGCCACACGUACGUCUUCGGUUACCCAACGGACUAUUACGCUCUUACUCCAUUGUCUCGGGGACUGACAACCGCUUCGAACUUGGUAUUGCGCUCGAGGAAGCGAGCCGCGGUGGCUCGUCGUACCUACACAAGAAUGUAAAGGAGGGCGAUAUGAUUGAGGUUGGUCGUAUCACAUCUGAUCUUAAACCUGCAAGCGCAGCUAGUAAUCAUGUGUUCAUCGUUGGUGGGAUUGGUAUAACGGCUUUUCUGAGUAUGAUGGAGGCCUAUCGUCAGAUCAAUUGGGAGACGACGCUGCAUUACGCUUUGCGUACCGCAGAUGAUAUGCCUUUUCGAGGGCGGGUGGAAGGGUUAAAGGAAUCUGUCAAGCUGUAUGAUCGAAGCAAAGGUCAACGCAUGAAUAUCGGGGAGAUACUACGAAACCUUACGUGGAAUUCACAUGUCUAUGUGUGUGGGCCACAACGGAUGCUUGACGAAGCUGUCGAACAGGCGAAGAAGUGUGAUCUUGGGGAGGAUGAUAUUCACUUCGAAGCUUUCUCUGUUGAUGCCACUGGCGAUCCUUUCGAAGCUGAGGUUGUCAACCGUGGAGGUCAGGUCCUCAAGGUUGCUGGCGAAGAGACGCUUUUAGAGGUACUGAGAAAGAGCUUUGACGAUGUGCCUAGCAGUUGUGAAGUCGGCAAUUGUGGCACAUGCCGAGUUACCGUCAAGAACGGAAAUGUUGAACAUAGAGGGACGGCACUGACAGCGGAAGAUAAGAAGGAGGCUAUGCUGAGUUGUGUUAGUAGGGGUAUUGGGAGGAUCGCGAUUGAAAUAUAG